GGGAUGUAACAAAGAUAGUUCAAUUUCUCGACCACCGCCAUAUAUAGUCUUUCGAUUUUUAACAUUUAUAGAUUCAUUUUAUGAUUCUUGACCUCACUUUGUGUCACCACAUGUAAGACUCAUUUCUCGGAUGUAAAUUACGGUCGUGUAUAUUCAUUUAUUCCGUUUUAUCAACAAACUAUUCUUAAUUAAAUUCCUAUGAAAAAGAAUGACAAGAAACUGUAAGCUGUAAAACAACAAAGCUGAUUAUUUAAAGAGCUGUUUUGAAACAGAAAAAAGAGAAUGAACUGUUAGCUAUGGAAACAAAGGAGAUUGAAGAGAGACUGAAGCUUCUUAAAUCGACUCUCUAUUCAGAAUUAACCAAGACAAACAAACUCAAUUCUUCUGUGCCGAUUUGGAAAGGUAGUCGUCCAGCCUCUUCAACCGGAAAACAGAAAAGAGAUGCACUAGUUGACGUAUGAAAUUUAUUCAACCCGUUGUGUAUACUUCGUUUUAGAUCAGUGGACUUAAAUUCAAACCUUUGAAGCACAGUCCAUCUUCUGAAAUCAAAACCUCAGAUACAUAUGGUAGUUUAAUCCGAAAAAUAAAUGAAGGAAUGGAACUUACUCCCGUAAACCCUGUCAAUGCUCAUCAGUCUAUGUGUGGACAAUGUGAAGACAAAAACGCUGUUGUUUUGUGCCAGGAAUGCAGUGAACACUACUGCGCUAAAUGUUUUGCAAUGUUUCAUUUGAAAGGAGCACUUAGACGUCACCAUUCGUUGCCUGUUUCGACUUGUAGCUUGAGGUCUGAAUUGCGUUCUUGUAAAGAAACUGAUAGUAUGAACAAAACACAAGGAUUCAAAGAGUUAAUUAGUAAAGGAUGUCAAAGUUCCUUUAGUAUUGCGACCAAAUCAAAUUCAGCUUUACAAACGGAAGCAAUAAAUGAUCCCUAUCAAUAUGAUCCCCCUACUAAAACGCCACUAACAACAAAACAAUCUUCGGCCGCAGUCAGUCAUAUAACCCCAACACUAUGUAAAACAUCUGCUCCAGUAGAAAUAUAUUUCACGCCAAGUAUAACUUACGCAGAAAAAUUAUUGCUUCGUUUGCAUCGGAAUUCUAAGCUUCAGCAAUCAAUAAGACAAGACAGCGUAUCUGAAGGGACUUUCUUGCCAAAUUCAAGUAUUGGACAAGAGAAAAAGCAGGAAGAAGUUAUGGAGAAUUUCACAUUAAAUAGGAAUUCAUUUGAUGAAUUACAUAAAUUGGCUACAACACAAAUGCAAUUGAGCAAUAAUAAUCCACAUGUUUUCUCGCAUUCUAAAUUAGACUCAGAAGAGCCUAUUAAUCAAAUUGAUAAAAUAAUGUAUCCAAUUAUUCAUGAAUCGAAUGAAAAUUACUCAAGUAUACCCUUUUUUGAUGAAUCAUUGUGUAAUUUGAUUAAACAAAAAGAAAAUACCGACCAAAUUCACAAUGGACAAUGUUCACAGACUAAUGAUGAAGAUGAUCUUAUCAAAGGAAUUCAUGAGCAUAAUAAAAUUAUAGGUUCAUUAAAUAAUAAACAAAAUAUAUGGCACCCAGUGCAGUCAUUAAUUAAUCCUGAUUCUAAUAUAGUACAUCAAAUCAAUAAAACAAUUAUACGAAACUUGAAUUUGGUUUUAGAUGAACAAUCGCUGAACAAUAUCGACCUACAAGACAGGUUUUUGGACGAUUCAAGAAUAAAGUAAAAUAAUUCGCAAACAUCAGCAUAAUUCAAAGUCAGCGGUAUGUUGUGAACAAAAUAGACAACUUUUAUUUUCUUCUUAUGUAAAAGAAAGCAGUUUAUUCGGGUUUCAUCAAUAAACUGUUUUUUAUUGA